UACAAACGAGCUCAUGUAAAUAGUAACUUAAAGAACAAAAUGAAUUUAUUAACUUUUGCUAUAGCCCUUACAUUUUUUGUAACAUAUUGCACGACUAAUGAAGUUACUGAAUUGAUUAAACGUGCUCAGAACACUUGCAGAAUUCGAACUGGACUUUCAGAAGAUAAACUAAAUCAAGCCAUUGAGGCUAAGACGAAGGAUGAAAUUCCAAAAGGAAAAGAUAUUGAAUGUUUUAUUGAAUGUAUUUGGGUAGAAUUUGGUGUGUUGGAUCCUAACACGGGAGUAUAUGAUGAGCAAAAUUUUAUUGAAAGUAAUCCAAAAGAAUUUGUAGAAUUAUGGCUGAACAUUUCUAGGCCCUGUCAUAUUACUAAUUUUACAAGCAAUGAUUUUUGUAAAGAAGCAUAUAACUAUUAUGUAUACUGUUUAUUUGAGCAACCAAAUGUAAGUUUUAAUGUUUCACGAACUAACUAUAAUAAUAAUAAAUAUUUUUUUUUUAGUUCUACUUCAUUUAACAACAUAAACCAAUAAACAUAACAUUUUUUCAAAUACAUAUAUGUUUUUAAAAAUAAAAUAAAGGUUUACACGUAUUGAUUUUGUGUUUUUUUUUAACUAAUUUGGUGUUUAAUGUUUUUAGAAACUAUUUCAAAUUUGUUUAAAAAAUAAAAUUUAAAAGUAUUUAAAUAGUAUGUAUUUUAAAGAUCUUAAAAAUGAGAAAGAAUUGAACCUUC